AUGGGGCUAAUGGUCACUGGGAUGGGGGCCACAAGGGUUGUUGUCACGAGGAUGGUGGCCACGGGGCUAGCGGUCACUGGGAUGGUGGCCACAAGGGUUGUUGUCAUGAGGAUGAUGGCUAUGGGGUUGGUGGCCACGGGGCUGGUGGCCACGAGGGUUGUUGUCAUGGGGCUGGUGGCCACGGGGCUGGUGGUCACGAGGUUGGUGGCCACAAGAGUUGUUGUCAUGAGGAUGAUGGCUAUGGGGUUGGUGGCCACGAGGGUUGUUGUCAUGAGGCUGGGGGCCACCAGGCUGGGAGCCCAUGGGCUGGUGGUCACGGGGUUGGUGGCCACAAGGGUUGUUGUCAUGAGGCUGGUGCCCACAAGGCUGGUAGCCAUGGGACUGCUAGUGGCCAUGGGGCUUGUUGUCAUGAGGCUGGUGGCCACGGGCCCGGUGGCCACCAGGAUGAUGGUCAUGGAGAUAGUGGCCACGGGGCUGGUGGCCACAAGGUUCGUAGCCCCAGGGACGGUGAUCAUGGAGCUGGUAGUCACUGGGCUAGUGGCCAUGGGGCUGAUGACCGUGGCCCUGGUGGCCGCUGGGAUGAUGGCGAUGGGGCUGGUGGCCGUGGAACUGGUGGCCACUGGGUUUUUCUCCAUUUUCGCCUUCGCCACCUGCGGGGGUUACAGCGGGGCCGUCUCCUUCUGGAUCAGCUGCGAUGGCCAACCCAACACCACCGUCACCGCCCCCUUCGCCUACCCCUUCCGGUUGAACCAAGCCACCUUCAUGCCCUCGCUGACCAACCUGUGCAACAAGACGUGGCCGGUGGACGUCCACCUGGUUGGUGACUUCUCCUCCUCGGCCCAGUUCUUCGUCACGGUGGCCGUCUUCGCCUUCCUCUACAGCAUGGCCGCCCUCGCCGUCUACCUGGGCUACCUCCACCUCUACCGUGGGGCGGGUGGGAAGCUGCCAUUGGUGGUAAGUCCAUCCUGGUCUUCUCCAUCCAUCCAUCGCUCCAUCCUGGUCUUCUCCAUCCAUCCGUCCUGGUUUUCUCUAUCCAUCCAUCCGUCUUGGUUGUCUUCAUCCAUCUGUCUUGGUCUUCUCUAUCUGACACGGGGGAUUGGUCAAGUUGGAUCUUGA